AUGGCUUCCGCCGACUCUCAAGCCCGCCUCCAGGCGCUCACUGAUGAGUUUCAAAAGCUGCAGCAAGAUCUACAGACAACAGUAGCAGCGCGACAAAAACUUGAGGGGCAGAAACAGGAGAAUACAGGAGUAAAGAAUGAAUUCGCCUCAAUGGAUGAAGAAGAGACCAUUUACAAACUCGUUGGACCGGUACUCCUGAAGCAAGAGAAGCAGGAGGCUGUGAGCACGAUCAACGGCCGUUUAGAUUUUAUCGACAAAGAAAUCGCGAGACUGGAAGGCGUACUAAAGGAACAGCAGGAGAGCGCAGAGAAGAAGAAGAUGGAGAUCAUUCAAGUCCAAUCCGCUGCGCAGUCCGCGGCAGCUGAGGCUGGCAAGGGACAAUAA